AGUUUAGCGGACAAAAACAAUUUAGUUUAAUAUGAAAUUAAAUGAUUAAUGUAUUUAUGAAAAUUUAGCUAUAAACGAGGUCAACAGACAUGGGAAAACGUAUCAAGCGGAAAAAGGAAAUAUUUCCCACUUUCAGAAAUGUAAAGAGAUGAGCCGAUAGUCGUGACGCAUCGUGUCUGUGAUCGUUUGGCGCGUCUCCUCACUAAGCAACAGUGCUAGCGAAUAGUUAGGUAGGCAGGUAAAGUGGGUCGGUUGCCUGGAAAACCACCCCUAAUAGAGCAAGGCAGUUCUUGUUUUGGUAUGUAUCUGGAAUUGACUGGAACUCAGACAGCUGUCAGCGCGCAACGACGUCAUUUGUUUUGAGCGCAUUUACAAAAAUGCGCCGCGUUGGAAAAGAGCAAAACAGAAACGAGGAAGCAGCAGACAACCGGAGCUCGUUGCUCCACCUAAACGACGAUGUGCUAUCGCUAAUAGUCGACUAUCUGGAAGUGUUUCAACAGUUCGAGUUGAGUCAGCUGCACAGUCGCCUGCUCAAUGUUGUGCAGGCUUUGUGGCGCACACGCGUGCGCAAUGUGGAACUGCUUGACGAGGAGAUGCUGGGUGUAAGCAGUCGACAGUUUCAGGCGUUCAUCACUGCGCUGACUCCGCACGUGGAGCAACUGAACUGCCAGCGGCUGGACGUGCGACGCCUGCGUCAGCUGAGUGACGGAAGCUUGAAUCGCGUCACACAACUGGAGUGGGAUCAGGGGCAAAUGCAACGGCGCGGUCGCUUGCGUUUUGUGGAUGAAGAUGUGCGGCUGCUGAAGCGUUUGUGUCCGGGAUUGAGGCAGCUGACGUUACGAGGCUGCCAGGUGACGGGCAGAUAUCUGUGCGAGCUGCAGAAGCUGGAGGAGCUGUGCCUGGAUGAAUGUGAGUGCCUGAAGUCGAAGCAUUUUCGCGACAUCUUUCGCCAGCUGAAGUUGCGCAAAUUCGACAUUAUGGACAACUGUGAUGAGGUGAAUUGCUGUGAUUUGGUGCAGUUGUGUCCCACCUUGGAGAACAUUAAGAUUGCUGACUAUCAUCUGUGCAUGGAAACGGACAUCACACAAGAACUGUUGCAGCUGCCACAUCUGCGUGAGCUCUCCAUCUACUCCAAGAACUUUGUGUUCGAUGUGCUGGAACGCAUUACGCGGCCAAGAGUUAAUCAUGGCAAACUGAUUGAGGGCGUCCGCUUCAAUGGACUGCUUCACGAUUACGGCCGCUUCUUUCGCGAGCUAGGCAAUCUUCAUCAGUUGAGGCGUCUGGAGGUCAAAGGUGUUCUGGACGAGGGUAUGCUGCAAAGACUCAAUAAUCAGAUGCUGGAGCAGUUGGCUCCCCAGUUGCCGGAAUUGCAGCAGCUGCACAUUUCCGGCUAUCAAAUGGAAUCGGAUGCGGCUUUGUUGAAAUUUGUGUCCAAUUGCCGGCAGCUCCGCAUCCUUGAUGUGAAUGGUACACGUUGCGGUGGAGAUGCAUUCGUUGAACGCUGCUUAGCGCUGCUGGCCAAGCAGAGUUGGCGCUCACAUCCGCUGGAAUUGUGGAUAUUGUGCAGUGAUAUUAGCUACGAUAUACUGAAGUCUCAGCGAUAUUUGAUCGACGAAAAGCUGCUGCGCAUCUAUAACAAUCGAAUGUUGACCGGUCAGGACCACUUGCCCAACGUGCUUAAGUUUAGCUUUGUGCGCUGAACUCAUUACCUGCCCCACUGUGUUGGAUCCUGCUAAUCUAUAAAUCGAAUUCUUUGUUUAAUCUACUAAUAAAUAACAUGUAUUAUAAUCGAAUUAAGAUUUAAUUGAAUUAAGACUGAUUAAACUAUCGAAAACGAAUUUGCAAAUUCAUAA